UGCGCCCGACUCAGCCACAAGAGACCUCCGCCACGACUCCAACCACCACGGCUGUGACUCCCAAGCAACGCGGCAGCAGCGCUGGCGCUUCGGCAACCAUGCCGAGGCCCGGCCGGUCGACGUACGGAGACCAGAAGCCGCCAUACUCCUACAUCUCCCUCACCUUCAUGGCCAUCCAGAGCUCGCAGGAGAAGAUGCUCACGCUCAGCGACAUCUACAAGUUCAUCAUGGACCGCUUUCCCUACUACCGCAAGAACACGCAGCGCUGGCAGAACUCGCUCAGGCACAACCUCUCGUUCAACGACUGCUUCAUCAAGAUCCCACGCAGGCCCGACCGGCCUGGCAAGGGCAGUUACUGGGCUCUGCAUCCGGCCUGCGGCGACAUGUUCGAGAAUGGUUCUUUCUUGCGGCGUCGCAAGCGUUUCAAGCUGCCCCGCCAGAUCAAGGACGCCACGGCUGUUGCGCUGGCCGAGCUGAAACAUUACGAGACAGUGUCGCAGAAUGCCAUCCAAGAACAGGCGAAGAUGAGACUCACGGCGCUGGCGGCAGCGCCGAGUCAUCUGCAGGGACACCACGCCGACGCCUUGAGGCACGGAACAGUGCUGCCCAACUACACCAAGCAGCCGUUCUCAAUCGAGAACAUCAUCGCUCCCGAUGGCAAGAACUUCAGCGGCGUGCUGCCGGCGAGUCCUCCGUACACGACGUCUCCGCACGCGCCGUCUCACCUGAGGUCCCUCCCACCGUUUCCGUGCUCUCUACCUUACGCGACCCAGGCGUCCUGGCACUCGACGUACUCUAGCCUUGUGGCAGCGGCGGCCGCCAGCCGGCAAGACCUCAACGGCCUUCUGUGCGGGGCGAAGGUGCCGCCCGGUCACUACCCUCUCGCCGGCGUCGUGCCCGUGCCACCGGGAGCCGGGGUGCCGUUCUCGCUUCCAUCUCUGCCACUCAAGCCACCCGCACUUCUGCCAGCGUUUCAAUUCCCGGGUCUCACUGCCGAGCAGUCUCUGCUGACGGCCAGCGCAGCUCACAUGACGUCCCAGAUGACGACGGCAGCGGUCACGACCACGAAGGUGCCACCGCCUCCAAGACCCGACUCGGCGUCUAGUGAUGUAUCUUGCAGGUCGUUAGACGUGGUCUCGGACGACACGGCGAACGACCCUUGUUAGUGACGUUUGCAUUCCCUUCCUACGAACCCUGGUUCCCGUGCUACGCUCAGCCGACGUGGCCGCCCACAGACAUUAUUUAUAAGGCGCGAGACGACUGUACCAUUGUGACAAGUGCAGCAUCAGGUGGCAUGGAUGUGUGUAUGUGUGUGUCUGUGCGAACGUGUGCGUGUAAAUAUUUCCUCUCUGGCGUCCUGACUUGAGCACUGGGUGCUUUGUAUAAAUGUACAGAUGGCUGAAUGAAUUGAACGUUGGAAGAAUAGAAGAAGCAAUGAAGAACUCACAGGCGAAACGGGAAGCUAUACCGCGAGCCGGCUGUUCUUUGAUAUAGUUCCUUAUUUCUGAUAAUUCUCAAGAAGCUGACUCGGGCUUUGUUUAGAAGAAAUGGGAAAGACCUUUCUCAAGUUAUAUGUUACUCACGGUGAAGACUCGCAUCGGCACGUCUUCGAGAUAACCUCAUUCACCUCGCCUGGUAGCAAACUACUGUAGACUCUAAAUAGGCAGAUCUUUGGCGUGUAUGGCAUGUUCCCAACCGGCACCACGUUCAACAGAAGCAUCUUCCCACCCAUCGACAUCACUCUCACACGCGACUGCUGCAAAUGCACGUGGAGCUCAUUCUCUGCAUAAGCCAAUCUACGGGUUUUCUACUGCAACAGCCUGCAUCUGGAAGAGGCAAGGAAGAACGGUAGGCAACCGAGUUUCAACAAAGACUGUCUCUUUACUCCCGAAACAGCUUCUCUCUUUCGCCCACCGAAAAACGAUCUAGGCCCCCGCGAUGAAACGAAAGCGUAACGACACAAUGCGGGCUUUCAUUUUCGACUCGUUUUACGGGGCACGCGACGGCCCAUGUUCGAGCACGCAUGGCAAGCAAGCAGUUCUUCAAGCGGGCCACUGUUCGCCAAAAAUUGCUCGCUCACCCACUCCUGGGGGAUUCCUCGAUCCUCUCAGACAGCGUGGUGCCGUCUUGCUCCGGAAAAGAAAGUCAACAGCCAUAACGCGAUAGAAAAGGCGAAGAAGAAGGAGGAACCUCUCUGGCGAGAUGAUGCUCCCGGUUGCACGUGCAUGUCCCGAAGCGAGUGGAGACGCCGCAGGAGACAACACUGCCUCGGUUUUUCCGUCGAAGAGCUGCGCAACGCACGCUCAGCGCCUCCCGUCGAGCAACGCCGUCUACUUUUUGCAGGUGCGUGCCCAAUCGUUUUCCCUCUUCUGAAAAAAGAGAGCAAGAGAGAGAGAGAGAAAACUGCAGUGCCCUUAAAGUCAAGAGAAGAACAAGCUCCUGAACGGGCAUGCACUGCGUGUGUGUCAUCCAGACGCGACAAUAGAAGAGAAAAGCGCGAAGAUACAAGCACGCCGUAUAGAGAGAGGCCAUGCACUCUGCGGGCGACCGCUUGACACCCCCGCCGUU